UGGGCGGGACCAGAAGUAGCCGUUUGGACGCGUUUUUAUUAGCUGUUUGGUGAAAGUUAGCAAUUACAGCUCCUUUGUUGGCUUCUUAAACGCUUACGUGAGCUGUUAGAUUUGAAAAUCUUUAAGCUAGCCUUUGCUCCUCGAAGCUACAUCUCCGGUGUACACAUUUAUUUCUCUUCAGGGUACGCUCUGCCCCUGUCCGGGUCUCCGUCCAGCCCAUUUUGCGGUGGUUCCUGUUGUCCUCUCGGUAGCCGCCAUGGGUGAGGUGGAGCUGUCCUGUCGCGCUUUCGUGAAGAUGUACCUGCACGCCUGUCAGUUUCCACGGUGCAGCAUCAACGGCCUGCUGCUGUCGUCCAGCUCGGCAGGUGGCGCUGUGUGUGUGACGGACUGCGUGCCGCUGCUUCACUCGCACCUGCCCCUGGCUCCCAUCACUCAGCUGGCCCUCACACAGGUGGAUGUGUGGUGUUCACAGACUCAGCAGAGGAUAGUGGGAUACUAUCAAGCCAAUGCCUGUGUAUCAGAUAGUAGCCCGACACCAUGUGCACUGAAGAUAGCUGACAAGAUUGCCGAGCAGUUUGACAAUGCAGUUCUGUUGAUGCUUGAUGGUAGUAAGAUGUCUCCAGACUAUCGGGUGCCUCCCAUCGUGAUGUAUGAGCGCAAAGAUGCAAGAUGGAUGCUCAAAGACAAACACACGAUAAUGCUGAGGCAGUGGGAGGAGACCCGGGCGAUAGCCAGUCAGAUGCUGGAGUCGGACGAUCACAUGCUAUUGGUGGAUUUUGACAGCCACUUGGACGACAUUACAAAGGACUGGACCAAUCAGAAACUUAACGCCAAGAUAGCAGAGCUCGCCUCGCCGGCCAACGGGAGCAUCUAGACCGAGAAGUAGCACCAGUUUGUACUAGAGCUCAGAUUUAUUUAUGUUCCGACUAAAUGUCACUGUUACGAAGAAAUGUGAUUUUGUUUUUUAAUAACCCAACACAACCACAUGUUUAACAGGGAGUUCAGGAAGAUGUUUAUUUUUAAUGCAUUUUCUUGACUGAACAGGGACUUGACAUCAAACAUGCAUAAAUAACAAAAUAUUUACUUCUGAUUUAAAGGAAAAAUCCACCUAUAGAACACUUACGACACUGUUACUAAGCAACUGUGGUAUUUAUUUCUGGUCCUAUUUUGCCAUUUGAUGCUAUACUAUUUUUUUGUUCUUGCGUAUAUUACGAGCAACUGGAGGUUGGACAAAAUAACAAACACCUUACAGAACAAAAGUCCUGCAGUGAAUACUAGUUUGUUGAAGCUCCAAAUGUUUUUUUCUGUCGUUGACUAGCAGGUGUUGAUCGAGGCUGACGGUCAGGACGGCGGUGCUAGCACCUUCACGAAGGGAUGAUUUAAUGAAGGGCCCUUGUCAUUAUUUUUAUGAACUGAGUGUAUAACAUCAUUAGGUCCCUCAAAUGGACUCCUCUUCUAAACAUGACAGUGAAAACCCCGUAUGAAGGCAACGGUAUAUCCUGUUAAGUGACUAUUUUAUAGCAUUUGCAACUGACACACCAGAAAUCUCUCAUUAUGUUGACUUGAAACUUCCGUAAUUACAAACAAUGCUUAUUCAUUUAAACAUAACUCACUUGUGUAGCUGCCUUUUUGUAUAUUACAGUACAGUGAUUCUUGCCUAAACUGAUGUUGCAUCAGCUGCAAGCUCCUUUUUAAAAUCAUGUAACUUCUCAAGAGGAAAUGUCUUAUGAAUCACACCAGCUCUUGCAAAAAACAGUUAACUGCGGUAGGAAAGAGGAACAGUGCUGGACGCACGAACAUAGACACUUAAUGGGAUAAUUGCUUGACAACUUGCCAAACUACCACGUUAAAAAAUGACCACUGAGUCGUUUCAAGAAAAACCAAAUCAUCUGAGCUUCAGCAGACUGUAUUUACUGCAGGGCUUCUGCAUUGAGUAAUAAGAUGUUUCUGUUCUUUUGUGGACCUCUUGAAAUCCAGAACAGCUACACCAGUAUCUGACUGUAAAACAUUUUUAAAAACUUUAAAAAAAAAA